AUGUACAAACUUGCACUCUUGAUUAUCGCCUUCAUUUCUUGUGCUCAGGCAAACCGACUACGAGGUGAAGCACACAACCGUGGACGUCAUGCUGGUGGCCGCAAGGUUGGUCUAGACAAGGUCAGAGACGCCCUUACUUCCGAUGGACCUGAAACUCCAAACUUUGACGAACCCGACUUUCUCAGCGAUCAAAUUGUGGACAUCAAGGCUACCAUGCUUGCUACAAACGACACUACAUUUUCAGGACCUCAAGCAAGAAUCGUAGGCGGUGGACGUGCCCAAGCUCAAAACAGCUUUGCCAUGUUUCUCGUGAAUCAAGGAGGAUAUCGAUUUGGUGGAUGUGCUGGAUCCUUGAUCUCGAGCUGCCAUGUUUUGACUGCUGCCCAUUGUGUCGCUGGUCAUCGUCGAGGACGUCCACAUAUGCUUUACAUUGGCGCCUACAAGCCGUAUACUGCCAACAAUGGUGGCCAACCUACCCAAUUUUCGGGCGUCCGAUCGAUCAAUAUUCACCCUGGCUACAAUGACGCCACCAAUCAACAUGACAUUGCUGUCAUCACACUUGACACCUGCGUCUCUGACCAACGUAUACUCAGCAACAUCAUGAAGCUGGCUGAUGACAAUAUCAUGCGACAGGUGGUCCCACGAUCUGGAGUCAUGUUGGAAGCCACUGGAUUUGGAAGGACUUCGGAAAAUGGCCCAUAUUCGAAUGAGCUCCUCUCAGUUCAAGUUCCCUUCAUCGCACCGAACGAGUGCAAGAACAAGUACUACACUGGUAUCCGAGAUGGCAUGGUCUGUGCCGGAUACCCCAACGGCGCAAGAGAUGCUUGCCAGGGCGAUAGCGGCGGCUCAUUGUUUUUCAGAAAUGGACCCGAUCUAUACCAAGUCGGAGUCGUCUCAUGGGGAUAUGGUUGCGCCAGAGCCGGUUUCCCAGGAGUUUACGCAUCGGUCGCAUCCUACGCGAAUUGGAUCAGGGGCAUCACCGGAUAG